AUGUUACUUGCUGCUCACUACGCCGCCCCAGUAGCCGCUUACCACCAUGCCCCAGCCGUAGUUAAGACUGUCGCUCCAGUUUCUCACUACGCCGCCCCAGUAGCUGCUUACCACGCCGCCCCCGUGGCAGCUUACCACGCCGCUCCAGUCGCUGCUUACCACAAUCUCCCAGCUGUUAUCAAGACUGUCGCCCCAGUAGCUCACUACGCCACCCCAAUCGUCAAGUCUGUCCACCAAGAAGUAUACCCAGACACCCACCCAGAAUACUCUUACCAAUACGGAGUCCAAGAUGCCCACACCGGUGAUAUCAAGAACCAACACGAAGAACGUGACGGAGAUGUUGUCAAGGGAUACUACACCUUGGUCCAACCUGAUGGCGUCACCCGUACCGUCCACUACACCGCUGAUGCCCACAACGGAUUCAACGCUGAAGUAGAAUACAAAGGAGAGCCAAUCGUCCAAAAAGCUGUUGUAGCCAAGACAAUCGUUGCUGCUGCCCCAGUAUAUAAAGCAUACCAUCAUUAA